AUGAUUGUUAAUGAACUACUUCAGUCUUCCAACAAAGUCAACAAGGGGAUUCUAGCCCAGAAUCCUCAAGCUAUUGUGUUCCAGCCAAGUGCUCAGCAGUUUUUACCUCAACAGGCUUUGCAACAGCAAACUCAGUUUUCUCAGGCAUUUCCACCCAAGCAGCCAGUGGUGCAGGCAGAGCCUCUUGACAAGUGUACUGUAGCUGAUUAUGAGCAGAUCCAAUGUGGACAACCUGGUGUCAAUGCUGCUGAGUGUGAAGCUAUAAACUGCUGCUUUAAUGGACAGCAGUGUUACUAUGGGAAAGCAGUGACUGUCCAAUGUAUUCGAGAUGGACAGUUUGUGGUUGUCGUGGCUAGAGAUGUUACGCUACCUCAACUAAGCCUGGAUACAGUCCGUCUGUUGGGUGGAAGUGACCCACCUUGUGCUCCAGUUGGCUCCACACCUUCCUUUGCCAUUUACCAGUUCCCGGUCACUGCUUGUGGCACAAGCAUGAUGGAGGACAAUGGAUAUGUUGUGUAUGAGAACAGAAUGACUUCAUCCUAUGAAGUGGGGAUUGGACCACUUGGUUCCAUCACAAGGGACAGUCAUUUUGAGCUUCUAUUCCAGUGUAGGUAUUCUGGCACUGCUGUUCAAGCUCUCGUUGUGGAGGUCAAUACUGUUCCACCACCUCCACCUGUAGCUGCUCCUGGACCCCUCCGAGUGGAGCUUAGACUGGGGAAUGGACAAUGUGUCACUAAAGGAUGUGCUCAAGAGGAUGCAGCGUACACGUCCUACUACAGUGAUUCAGAUUACCCAGUCACAAAAGUCCUGCGAGAACCUGUGUAUGUUGAGGUGCGCAUUUUGGAGAGGACCGACCCCAAUAUUGUCCUGAUCCUGGGACGUUGCUGGGCAACCUCAACCCCUGAUCCCCUCAGCCGACCUCAGUGGGACCUUUUAGUUAAUGGAUGCCCUUACCAAGAUGACCGUUACCUUUCCACUCUGGUUCCUGUGGAUGGUUCCUCUGGUCUCCAGUUCCCAACCCACUACAAGCGCUUCAUUGUGAAGAUGUUCACAUUUGUGGAUCCAGCAUCACUAGCACCUCUGCAGGAGGCUGUCUUCAUCCACUGUAGUACAGCAGUAUGCCAUCCCUCUUUCACCGGUUCCUGUGAGCAGAGCUGCAGGCGGAGAAGGGCUGUUCAUAUCAAGACCACCUCUAGUGGGGAAACUGUUUCUAGUGGAGAAGUUAUUCUUGUCAUGUCUUAAACGGCUGUUAAAAUAAAACCUGAAACAAUGAUGCAUAUUAGUCUGUGACUUGACAUGCAACUGAAAAAGCCCUGUUUUGCAGUUACUACACCACUGGAUUUAACAUGCUAAACUGUUCUUUCUCUCUUCCCCCCCCCCUCCCCAAAAAAAAGACCAUGAUCACAAAUCUUUGAUCAAAGUCCCUUAAACCUGGAUAUAAAUAGCCCUUUUUGAAGCUCAAGACUGUUUUGGUGGCUGCUUUGAAAUAUCUUGGCCUUCUCAUUUGUAGAAGUGUGGCAUUAACAUUUGCCCAAUGUAUGGGGGGUGUAAAAAUGAACAACUUUCAUUACUGGGGAGUUUGAAGUGUUCAAAACAAUGUCCUUUACCCUAAUUUUCUAAGGUAAGCCUAAUAGAAAUAGAGCUGUCUGGUUCAGUUUGGCAUGGAAGUCGCUGGCUUAUGACAUCCCUUGUCCAUGAACAUGGAGAAGGAGCCAUCUGACUUUUUUCCCAUAUCUACUGUAGAUGGUGGUAAUGCUCCUACUUUGAGUAGCUAUUAAAAAGGAACUACAGUUUGGUGUCACACUCACAAUUCUGGACAGCAUUGCAAUAAUUGGAUGUUUGGCAUUUACCUGCUAUAAUGCUUGGAAAUGUUGUCUUGUAUGGUUGUUGAAGCUUCUAUGAAUAGAACAAUACUCUGGUCAUGAUGUAUCUAUGGACGUUACUAACUUGUUUACUAAUUUAUGACUUCUGCAAUUGACAAUGGUUAUUAUGCAUUUAAGCAUAAUAUUUUCAUGCUUCAAGUUUUUUUUUUUUGUUUACUGUGUGCAUUAAUUAGACCUAUUUUUAGUAUUACGGUUCACUUGCAUUAUCAGCUAAAGGCUGCACAGUUAGUGUAUUAUUGAUCUUGUAUCAGCCAUAUCACAAGUAUGACAUCUUCAAUUGUGUAGUACAAUACAAACAUUAAUGGUAGAUAAAACACUUGUAGACUUUUACUAGUGGUCAUUGUGUCCCUUCAGGUAAAUGCGCUUUGGAGUGUCAGAACUUGCACAGAGUACGCCUGGCUUUAGCGGCAUUCACCUCGCAGUGAUUACUGGUGCUGUGCAGAUUUUGCUCGUAUCGAACAAGCCUAAUUUAUUUCUGAACAAGCCAAUUAUUACAUCAAUGUGAGUUCAAGCAGAGAAGGCUCACUUCUAUUUAAAUGAAUGGGAGAAAUUGGAAAUGCCCAAACAAGGAGCUCUGAGCACCCAAUAGUCAACAGAUGCAGAAAGGAAGUCCCACCUCAAGUUUAAAAAGAGCCAAUCACCUUUUCGAUACAGACAUCUGUCAAUCAACUCGCUAACGCACAUGAGCAUUAGCUAUACAAGCUGGGAAAAUUGUGCGUUUUAGCAUAAUGAGGUAGUGCAAUUUAUGAUUCCAAUAUUAUAAAAUUUCUGAUUUGAAAUAUUUUUUUGAUUGUAAUCUUGACCAACCUUUUUUUUUUUU